GACCAUGAUGUAGCGUUGAUUACGAUUUGGCAUGGGUAAGAGUUGCACAGGGACUGGUGACAUCUUCUCAUAUACUUGGGGUUCUUUCCUUUCUCAUCAUAUUUGCGAUUGCAACGGGAGACGAUGACACGGGCUUGCAUGAGGGAUGAAUAUCAGCAUGGAACGAACUUACUUAUAUCCUUUGCUUUUUUUUUGUUUUUCAUUUUGUUGCAUCCUCAACCAUACCUAUUUGAGCAAGACAUGUUGACAUGGAAUGGGCUGGCUGGCUGGGCCAUUGAUUUAUUUCCAUUAUUACUUAUUUUACUUAGUUCUUCUUAAGCGAUAUGGGAUGUAUAGAUAUUAUCUAGUUACUGAUGAUAGACCAUUGGAUUACAUUUUCAC